AAAUUAAAAAGUUUGAACUUGCAAACAACAUCUCCGUGAAUGUGUACAGCAUCGAGAACAACAUUGUCCCGCUACGUCUUUCAGAGAAAAAAAGACAGACACGUCAAUUUGCUGUACGUGCAAGACGAAAACAGCGUUGGACAUUUCGCUUGGAUAAAGAAUUUAUCUCGACUUGUCAGUGCGCAACUGAGUAAAAAGAAAUGUAGAAGAUAUAUCUGUGAUCGAUGUUUACACUAUUUCAAUUCGGAAGACAAGUUGCAGACGCAUACUGUAGACUGUGGAAAAUUAAAUGACUGCGCUAUCCGAUUACCGAGCGAUAAGGACAAGUGGCUUAGCUUCAACAACUACAACAGAAAGGAGCGGCUUCCGUUUGUGGUGUACGCCGAUUUGGAAUGCGUUUUGAAAAAGAUGAAAAAGAUGGAACAAGAAAAAACAUAUCAGCAUCAUCAAUUUUUCAUAAUCUGUCCGGUUACGACGCGCAUUUCAUUAUCGAGGACUAAGCCACAGCGUUCAAAGGGGGAAUCGAAUUACUUCCAAUAA